GAGUGAGCACGAGAGGGACGGGGUAAGAGAGAGCAGGGGAGAGAGAGAGAGAGAGAGAGAGAGCCAGAGAGAGAGAGCUGUGACAGUGUCAACAGCUCAGCUCCCAGCACAGUCAGCUGAAAUCCUGAGCACGGCUCAGAAGCUCAGAGAGGGGAAGCAGAAAAAAUGCAGCAGCUUUAGCCGGAAAAAUCAGACCUGCGUUUUUUAAAUGGCCAAAUGAGAGGUUCAAUUUCGGAGGAUGUAGGAACGCUUUAAAAACCUUUUUCUAAACCUGCUUUACUGAGAGAAUCCUUAUUUUUCCAUCGCUGGUGACGUUUCUCGAGGACAAUCCAUUUCUCAGGGCAGCCCGUCUGAAGUGGAUCAUGCCCCCUAGAUAGCAGCCUCAUCCUCCUCUCCACUCCCCAUCCCUGCCCUUGGCCCCUUCCUUUACCAUCCUGGUCCAGCGCCACCACUGCCACGUGUGUCACCAUAGCCAUCAUGCCCCCCAGGAAGAGGACGCGGCCGGGCCUGGGCUUCCUGUGCUGCUUCGGCAGCAGCGAGCCCCCAGAGAUCAACUUGAAGGACACUGUUCCCUUGCAGCUUCUGGAGUUCAGCGCCCCCAUGCCACUAGCUGAGGAGCUGCAUGCACGUUUCUCGGAAUUGGUGGAUGAGCUGGACCUGACGGAUAAGAACAGGGAGGCCAUGUUCGCUCUGCCUGAUGAGAAGAAAUGGCAAAUCUACUGCAGCAAGAAGAAGGAGCAAGAGGACCCCAACAAGCUGGCCACCAGCUGGCCCGACUACUACAUUGACCGCAUCAACUCCAUGGCUGCUAUGCAGACCCUGUUUGCUUUUGAUGAGGAGGAAAUGGAAAUGAGGAACAAGGUGGUGGAAGAUCUCAAGACAGCCCUUCGGACUCAGCCAAUGAGGUUUGUCACACGCUUCAUCGAGCUGGAUGGCCUCACCUGCCUCCUCAACUUCCUGCGCAGCAUGGACUACGAGACGUCUGAGAGCCGCGUCCACACCUCGGUCAUUGGCUGCAUCAAGGCCCUGAUGAACAACUCUCAGGGCCGAGCUCACGUCCUGGCCCACCCGCAGAGCAUCAACACCAUCUCACAGAGCUUGCGGACGGAGAACAUCAAGACCAAAGUGGCGGUGCUGGAGAUCCUCGGGGCAGUGUGCCUGGUGCCUGACGGACACAAGAAGGUGCUGCAGGCCAUGGCACACUACCAGAAAUACGCUGCUGAGAGGACUCGGUUCCAGACUCUACUGAAUGAACUGGACAAGAGCACAGGCCGCUACAGAGACGAGGUCAACCUGAAGACGGCCAUCAUGUCCUUCAUCAAUGCUGUGCUGAACGCUGGAGCUGGGGAGGACAACCUGGAGUUUCGCCUCCACCUAAGGUACGAGUUCCUGAUGUUGGGCAUCCAGCCGGUCAUCGACAAACUCAGAGAACAUGAAAACGCCACCCUGGAUAGGCAUUUGGACUUCUUUGAGAUGGUGCGGAAUGAGGAUGACUCAGAGCUGGCCAAACGUUUUGAUAUGAGCCACGUAGAUACCAAGAGUGCCGGUGCCAUGUUUGAACUGAUCAAGAAGAAGCUGAGCCACUCAGACUCCUACCCUCACCUCAUCUCCAUCCUACAACACUGCCUGCAGAUGCCAUAUAAGCGCGGUGGUGGCAGCCUGCAGCACUGGCAGCUCUUAGACAGGAUCCUCCAACAGAUUGUUCUACAGGAUGAGAAGGGAGAGGAUCCAGACAUCUCUCCUCUGGACAACUUCAGUGUUAAGAACAUCAUUCGCCUGUUGGUCAAUGAGAAUGAGGUGAAACAGUGGCGAGACCAGGCAGAAAAGUUCAGGAAAGAUCAUGUAGAGCUGAUGGCUAAACUAGAGAAGAAGGAGCGGGAAUGUGAUACCAAGACCCAAGAAAAGGAUGAUAUGAUGAAGACAUUGAACAAGAUGAAGGACAAGCUACUGCGUGAGGGUGUGGAGCUGCGCUCAGCCAAGGAACAAGUCCUGGAUCUAUCGUCACGCAUCCAUGACAUAGCUGGUGGCAGCGUGUCUUUCCCGCCUCUUCCUCCUCCUGGCGGGCCCGUCCCACCCCCUCCACCGCCCAUGGCUGGUGGCUUCCCUCCACCGCCUCCUCCUCUACCGUUCAGCUGCCCGCCUCCUCCACCGCCUCCGCCGCCGCCCGGUGGCCCACCUCCUCCACCGGGAGCCCCUCCUAUGUUCGGAGCCCCGCCUCCUCCUCUUCUUUCCUCCUUCAACUCAGCGUCCACACUGCACUCCAAGUCCAUCCCUCAGCCUUCUCACCCGCUGAAGUCCUUCAAUUGGUCCAAACUGGGAGAGAACCUGAUCAAUGGCACCAUCUGGAAUGACAUUGAUGACGUGAGAGCUUUCAAGAUUCUCGACCUCAAGGACAUAGAGAAGAUGUUUUCAGCCUAUCAGAGACAGCAGGACCUGCUCACUAACCAAUCCUUCAAACAGAAGGAGACGGGCUCUAUGGACGACUUAUACGUCAGCACGCGGAAGGUCAAGGAGCUGUCAGUCAUCGACGGGAGACGUGCACAGAAUUGUGUCAUCCUGCUUUCAAAGUUAAAAAUGAGCAAUGAAGAGAUUAAGAGGGCGAUCCUGGAGAUGGAUGAGAGGGAGGAGCUGGCCAAAGAUAUGCUGGAGCAGCUGCUGAAGUUUAUCCCUGAGAAAAGCGACAUCGACCUGCUGGAGGAGCACAAACAUGAGUUGGAGCGCAUGGCCCGGGCUGAUCGCUUCCUCUUUGAAAUGAGCAGAAUUGACCACUACCAGCAGAGACUGCAGGCUCUGUUCUUUAAGAAGAAGUUCGCCGAGCGUCUGGGUGAAACCAAGCCUAAAGUUGAAGCCAUCCUGAACGCAUCCAAGGAGGUUGUUCAGAGCAAGCGGCUGACUCAGAUCCUGGAGGUGGUGCUGGCCUUCGGCAACUUCAUGAACAAGGGCCAGAGAGGCAAUGCCUUCGGCUUCAAGGUCUCCAGCCUUAACAAGAUCGCAGACACAAAGUCCAGCAUAGACAGGAACAUCACCAUGUUGCACUACCUGAUCAUGAUCUUUGAGAAGAACUACCCGGACACGCUUCAAAUCCAGCAGGACCUCUGCAGCUUAUCAGAGGCGGCCAAAGUCAAUUUGUCUGAGUUGGAAAAAGAAGUGCACAAUAUUAAAAGUGGACUAAAGGCUCUGGAAGCGGAGCUGCUCUACCAGCAGAGCAGGACAAGGGAACGUGGGGAUAAGUUUGUGGCUGUGAUCGGUGACUUCAUCACGGUGGCGGGCUUCAGUUUCUCUGAACUGGAGGACCAGCUGAGUGAAGCUAAGGACAAGUUCUCCAAAUCUCUGAAGCACUUUGGGGAGGACGAAGGGAGGAUGCAGCCUGAUGAGUUCUUCGGGAUCUUCGACACUUUCCUACAGUCGUUCAGCGAAGCACGGCAAGACCUUGAGAACAUGCAGCGGCGCAAGGACGAGGAGGAGCGGCGGGCCCGGAUGGAGGCCAUGCUCAAAGAGCAGAGGGAGCGGGAGCGACGGGCAAAGAAGACCGGCACCUCAGACGAGGUCGGCGGCGAGUUCGACGACCUGGUGUCGGCCCUGCGUUCAGGCGAGGUCUUCGACAAGGACCUGAACAAGUUCAAGCGCAACCGCAAGCGCUCGGUCAACCAGCUGGUGGAGGGAGGUGGCCGUGAGCGAGCCGUCACCAAGGUCAACUACUAGGCUGGGAAAAAGAAGGGGACAAAAAAAAAAACACUAGACACCUAAAUUCUGCCGUGGCGUAGAUCUGUUAGCACCUUUUAGUCCAGGUCCUCUGAACAGUGACGCUGGAGAGGAUGUAAAUAAUGGCUGGACUGGACGUGUAUGGACGGCCACACCAUUGAUUGAAGGAUCUCCUCUGAUUGGUUAGUCCUGGAAGUUGUGUGAUCUCCUGAGCUGGACGAAGGACAAGGGACAUUGAUGGAAUUGACGGACAGACCACUGUGACACAUUAUCCCCUGUCUUAUGACCAUAUCCUUUAACACUGUGUCCUUCACUCCACUUCUCCUUUUCUUAUCCCUUUGCAAACCCUGCAGCGUUCCCCAGUAAGAUCUUUGGAGCUGGACCUGCCCCGUCUUUUUGCUACCUGUCUCUUAAACAUUGGGAUCCGCUUGUCACACUGUACAUAGACAAGAGACAAAGAGAAAAGGACUUGGAGGAAACUCGAGUCAGAAAGAAAGAGAGAACAAGAAGGUGGAAGAAAGGGGGAAUAAACCUCCACAGUCAUGGCUGCUUCAAGUGUUCCCCGGAAAAGAGAGUUUUUGGCACAGAAUAGAUUUUCAUGGACUUCAUUUUCUACAAAGAAGGACAUGGAGGUCUCAGAAUGCUUGGUAGGCUUCUAAAAGAGUGGAGAAUGGACACAAGUUGUUGAGGUGAUGGCUCUAAAACAGAGGAUUCGACCCAGCACACAGCAUUCCCAGGCAGGAUGUGCUGCACAAAUCCUCCCCAGGUUUCCACUUCAGAGGAGGCAACGCUUCGUUGCUUGAUCCACCCGAAGAAAAAUAAAAAUCAUGACUGUGCCACGAGGGUCGAGUCUCGCCAAACACUCUUCAGUGGUUCAACGUUUGUUCUGGCAUGAUGCAGUGCCAAAGCAAAGAGAAAAAACACGUGUAAAUGUAUUAAUACGAAAAAACAUACUGCAAUUAGACCUUGAUAUAUAUAUUUAUAUUUAGAUGCAGACAAGCUAAUUGCAAAGAUGUAGAGGUUUUUUAUGUUUUUCAUGGCAUUUUCUGGGGUUUUGUACACACGAUGCAUUAUUUGUUGGUGUUGCAAGUUCACAUUGCUGUUGAAGUGAAUUUCUAUACAUUUUUGCGCUUUAGGUAAAAAAACAGAAAGAUAAUCGCUCGUCCUUUCACACACGUACGUCUUGUUUGCACUGUAGCUUUUCCACACGCCGACCCACCGUGUCCCCUCUGUACUUAAAUUAACUUUAUCCACAACAAGGUUUAUGAAGGAACGCCAUCAUUUAGUCUCACGGGAUCAGCCUGCAGUGAGAUCACAAUGCUCUCUGCCUGCUGCACUGUCUGAUUCACAUCGGACUGUGUGUACACAGCCGUUCUCAUGUACGGUGUGUGGGAUCUGUUUCACUGGUGCUAAAACAUGUGGUCUCUGCACAGAGCCACGAGUCCAGUUCAGGAUUGUCACCCUCACUUUUAAGGAGUGCAUGAUCGCUCAGUCAUCCUCACACAGUAUCUGUGUUUGUAUUUGAGUUGACGUUGUGAUAUGGGACCGCCCCGCGUAUUCAGUCUGUUACUGCGAAGUCAGGGAUCAACGAAAGCACUUGCAGUCUGUUGACAUUCUUCCUUGAGGCUUGUUGCCGUGUUCAGGGUUUUUCGGCCUCAGAGAUCACAGGAAACAUCUGUCCUUCCAGCUCCUCUCACAUGUUUGUUUACAUCGGGCGAGACGCUCUUUCUAGGAUGUGUUCAUUUCUACAACAACUGAGGAAAAGCCUCACAUGAUACUUCCAACUUUACAUGGAAAAAUAUGCUUAUUUACAGCCGUAAGACUUUAGCAGCAGGCAUGAAGGAGGCUGGAAUGUAUGUGGUCACCUCAGUAAAGUAUUGAAAUGGACAUAAGAGUAUCGUGCUGCAGAGAAGGGCUGGAAGCUUCCGCACAGAGCGGCGUCUGAACCGUGGGGCGAGCCCACUGCGGUGGCUCGGACGUCUUCCUGCUCCCGGUGCUUAGGAGGAUAAGUAAGCUGAUGGGCUCAGACUGCAUUAAGGGACCUGGAAUGAAAGCAAGGAUCGGUUUAAAACCAGAAACAUACACCACGUCUGAGCCUACAUCUACAUGUAAGCCAUUAGAGGGUUUAAGUUCAAUGGAAAGAUAGUGAUUGUCACCUUUUUUAGUUUUGGAUGAUCUAUUUUGUUUCAUCCUCAUGGCAACAUGUAUGUUUAAUGUAGUCCAGUAUAGGGCUAGAUACGAGAUGUUAGAGUCUCCUCUGGUAUCCCUGUCAUACGUGUGUUAUAAUAAUCUAUAACACGUGUAAAUCCUAAUGUUUCUUUAUGUUUUGGCUUGUCACCGUUUGUCAUAUAGAUUCAUCUAAAAUGACUAGGUUUUGUAGAACAAUACCUGGUUCGGUUUAUUUGAUUAAUAAAAAUUGAUUUUAAUCCCAUAGGUUUGAAAGAUUACAGUAAAAAAACAGUAAAACCCACUCACCACCAUCUCAAAGUAGAAAUUGUUCCCACUGCACUUCAUUCAACAAUCACAUUUUGCAUUUUCAGAAGUGUUACAAGACACAAGAACAAGAGAUUUCCAAAGAAAUGCAGUUGUGUUUUUCCUUUGUAGCAUUUCUGAAAGAACUGACGGACAUCAUCCUUAUCACCCAUUUUCCUUAUGUAUUUAUAUGUAUCUCUCAUAAUGACGUUCCCAUUUAUUUUCUGUUCUUUGUCAUUUUUUUCACCUUUAAGUGCCUCUGACGCUGUUUUCACAUGUUCCAUUCCCUCUUGUUUAAGUGCUAGUCGCUUUUCAAUACACAUUCAUGAACUGGCGCCAUCUUGUGGCUUCCACAGAGUGUGACACUUGACCCUGGCUCUAGGUAACUAAAACUCCCAAAUAACCCAUGUGGUGUUCUUCAGUGCGGCUGCCCUUUCCUCCAUUACCCGUUCAGAGAAAACCCAACUCACUGCACUUAAGCUUUAACUGAGUUCUGUCCCAGAGAUCAGGAGUUAACUCCCAUCACAAGUUUAUUCCUCCGAUAUUAGUCAAACUGCAGCAGAGAGAAGCUGACGUGAGGCUGUCAAGACGAUGUGAGACACUGCAAAGAGGAUCUUUGAGCUGCCGUGUCCCCCACACACUUCAGAGAUUAACCAGGAAACCAAAAAGACUGAAACUCUCCGACACUUUAAAAAGAAAUCAGAAAAGCCCCUGUAGGGUCUGAAGGGGGGAAAUGUGGUAUGAAUGCCUAUUCUUUAACCAGCAUCUCAUGUAUAUUCGAGCUCUUCUAUUUUCUAACCUCUUCUCCUAUGUCUUUUUCCGAGUUAAUCAGAGUUCGUAUACCAGGCCCUUUAAACUCCCUAAUCCAGAGCUUUAACCCGUAUCCUAGUGCAGACUAUUUACUGAGGGGUAUCGCAACAUUGUCAGUAUUAUUUCAUGUUUGUGUUGUUACAUGUUUGGAUGUUUUAUUUGGCCAUUGACUGGCUGAUUAUUGUUUUGUUUUUUUGGAGUGUAAAGAUGGAAAUCAGAGGAAUGAAAUUAGUAGCUUGUUCAAUGCACUUUUUUAUUAUGGGACAUUUCCAUUUGCGGCGCCUAGUUGAGGGCUGAGACUCCUCGGAACGAAUGAAGGGUGCAACUGAAGAGCGGGGCUAGGAAAAACGGAAAAGGGCACGUGAGGUGUUGGGGACCCCGGCUGGGCCGCUGGAAACACAUCAGUAGUCUGUCAGAUGGCAGAGAUGGGAUUUGUGGGAAGAGGUGACACUCCUACGUUAAGUUUAAAAUCCUCGCCUGUCUGUCACCCACUUUGUAGAAUAAAAAGAAAAUGGCGGGGUGGGCGUCGGUCUCUGUCCCCUCAACAUCUCUGUCCACUCCGACACACUUGGCAUUGACCCGCAUGCCUGAGAAAACGUGAUUGUGACGUGUGGACUCUGGUCGAGGAUUGCCUACGACAUGGAACGAACCCGUUACACAAUCAGUUCUGCCUGAGAAAAAAGUUGCACCCACUUUUCAGAGGUUGUAUAAUUGUGAGGAGUCAGUAUUUUUAUGGUUGGGAAAAAAAUGAUCCUCAACAGAAAAUGUACAGUUGGAAAAAAUAACAUUUUGUACACCAUGCUUGAUGUUUGAGAUUCGAUUGAUUAAAAAAAAAUACAAAAAAAGAUAUUAAAAUGUUGAGGAAUGUUCAAUUUUCCUGUAUAUUGUACCUCUAUUUAUUUGCCUUAUUUAGUUUGCUAUAUUUUGUAUGUACACACAGCAUUACAGCAAAAUGUUAUAUUAAAAAUAUGAAAUAUGAAUAAUUAAACUGUGGUCCGUGUAUGAUGGAUAGUUUUGAGACUUGUAUAAGAAUGAGAAUCUUUUUUUUCUUUUUCGUUUCCAUAAUUUUAUUUUUGUUUUGUAUUUUUUUCUCACCCUGUGUCUUUUUGUAGGGUUACAAUAAAGUUUUGUCCCUUACAA